UGCGCUCAUGUCCAACGAAACGAGACGCUCCCUUCAGUAUUUACUGGUCCCAAGGAACGGUUUUCGCCAAAGUAACAUUGAGUUGCCAAAAAUAAGGAAAUAUGUUUGAACUGUAUGGAGUUAAUAAGGAUGGUAUGGUUUACCGGCCACCACCUCCGAGAAGAAAAGAAGUCGAUAUACUAGAGACUUGCCUGCAGCUAUCGUCGCCGGAGUUGAUGAGGAAAUUGCCUAACGGUGAUGCGCUGCAUCAUGCAAAGGAUCCGGGUGUCUCCACUUCCUUGGACAAAGACAAAGAUCCGCCGAGAGAACGUGGACAGAGUAUGCUGAGGAGAUGGAUAGUGAUGGCAGGUUUUUUCUUCCUCGGAUGCGCCCUGGUUGCUGGUGUAGGAUUACCGUUAGCUUUGGAACUACGAAGUUCACACCUAUUGGAAGCUAGACUUCAAGUGGUGCGACGAAUGCUUUCCGAAAUUCCUCUGGUUGACGGGCACAAUGAUUUCGCAUGGAAUCUUCGGAAGCAUCAAGGAAGCAUGAAGUUGCAAGACUUUCCGUUCAACGAGGAUUUGUCGCGAAACGAAAGCUGGGGUUCUCAGUGGCAGACGGAUCUGGUGCGAUUGCGCGAAGGUAUCGUCGGUGGUCAAUUUUGGUCGGUUUAUGUACCCUGCGAGGCACAAUUCCUUGACGCUGUUCAACUCACCUUGGAGCAAAUCGACGCGGUACGUAGAUUGGCGGCCAGGUAUCCCCGACGAAUGAGGCUGGUUACGAGCAGCAAAGAGUUGGAGAAAGCUCACAAGGACGGUGUGAUGGGGAGCUUGGUAGGAAUCGAGGGUGGCCACAGUAUUGGCACCUCAAUGGCGGUAUUAAGGAGUUUUCAGCGACUCGGGGCAAGGUAUAUGACUUUAACGCACAAGUGCAACACACCUUGGGCGGAUUCGUGUACGGUAGAGGAACCUAGUUCCAUAGCGCCGAUGGAUUUUCACAGUAACGGACUGUCAUUGUUCGGCAAGGCGGUCGUGAAGGAAUUGAAUCGUUUAGGAAUGCUGGUGGAUCUGUCCCAUGUCUCGAUCAGAACCAUGAGGGACGCCUUGAUGAUAACGAAGGCGCCGGUGAUAUUUUCUCACAGUGCUGCUAAAGCGCUUUGUAAUUCAUCCAGCAACGUUCCGGAUGAUGUGCUCCGUAACUUGUCGGUGAACGGCGGCCUGGUUAUGGUCAGCUUCGACAGCGCGCAUUUAAGCUGCGGUGAUAAGGCCACCAUGUACGACGUGAUAGCUCACAUCAAUCAUAUCCGGCGAAUCGCUGGCGUGAACCACGUGGGUCUGGGGGCCGGUUACGACGGUAUAUUAAGUCCGCCGAUCGAACUGCCGGACGUUUCCGGUUAUCCUCUGUUGCUGGCUGAAUUAACGCGGGAUCGAAGAUGGUCAGCGUCGGACAUCAAGAAAUUCGUCGGCGGAAAUCUUUUAAGGGUGUUGAAGGAAGCAGAAAGCUACGCUGCCACAGUGUCGCAUCAAUCUCCGAUCGAGGAACUGAUCCCCGAGAAGCUGAUCAAGGACUCCGCCUAUUGUAGAUACCACGUGGACGACGCGUGAAGCCGAUUAUCUCGGAUCCAGGCUCGAUACGACGCCCUAGCCGGGUGCUUUUGUACUGGUAAUGUGCUCGAAUCGUAUACUUUGUACCAUUUCAUCUUUGUACCUGGACUACUAUAUUUUACAUUUUUAAUAAAGUAGUCGCGAAUUUUC